CACUUGAGAGUGUAGCUGUACAGUCUUCAUCAAACCCUUGUUCUUGUUCAUAAUAAUAUCUUCGACUGCUGCGAUUUUUGGUUCAAAACGCUCAUCAACAUUAGCAAAGAUUAGAGUUGGUAGAUUGCAAUGGAAGCCAAAUUCUUUCGCUUUCUUAAAAUUGUGGGAGUUGGGUUCAAAGCUAGAGCCGAAUCAGAAGGCCGGCUCUUGUAUCUGAAGUUGGGUUACAGCCACAAGGUUGAACUCACCGUACCACCAGCUGUUCGUGUCUUCUGCUUUAAACCCAACAUAGUAUGCUGCACUGGAAUAGACAAACAAAGAGUUCACCAGUUUGCUGCUGCCGUUCGCAGCUGUAAAUCUCCUGAAGUUUACAAGGGAAAGGGAAUAAUGUACAUUGAUGAAGUUAUAAAGAAGCAGCAAGGGAAGAAGUCCAAAUAACCACAGGGAGAAGGGGAGCGUGAUGGUUCUAAUGGAGGUCAUGCUGCGAUCAGGUGGCCUGGUUUCUGUACCUGGGAAUGUUUCCCAUUUGUAUGCUUAAAGGUUAGAAAUAAUUUGUAAAAAUUUGGGAGAGUUUUGAUUUUAGAAUUUCCUGCUGCAGCAGUAGCACCAGCCUUUGAUUUAUGUUGGCAUAGAGCCCUCGGGCAAAGCCAAUUCUGUAAUGCCUUUGAACAUCCAACGCUGUAAACGUACCCAAGUCAGGAUUGGAAGUCUGUAAAUUGGCUUGCAGCUUACUUAA